AAUGCCCCUUAGCAAAGUACAAAGUCUACACGCCUUCUCCACCGGUAUCCGGCAGUCACUGCAGUCAUGACAGUAUAACUGUCUCCACAUCACUGCCUCCGAAGCGACUGGGGACAGAGACCUUGCUAAGAGUUUGGACGGUUAAGACCAGAGCAUGUUUGUGACUGUGUUCCUGCUUCUGGUCACUCUGUGUGCCCAGGGCGGAUACGGAGAGGAGAGAAAGGAGGCACAGAGACUCGGCCAUGUUUCAGUGGUGAUAGUGGGAGGCACAGGUGACCUGGCCAAGAAGUACCUGUGGCAGGGCUUCUUCCAGCUGUACAUUAACCAGGUCAGUAGUGGAAACACCUUUUCCUUCUAUGGUGGAGGACUGUUACCUGCUGAGAAGGCCACAGCCCUCCUCUUUGAGAUCCUAAAGGCAGUGUCCUGCUCAAAGGAUGUGUCUCAAGAGCGCUGUGCUCUUCUGAAGGAGCAGUUCCUUCGACUCUCACAGUAUCGGCAGCUGAAAGCCCUGGAGGACUACCAGGAUCUGGCCAAGCACAUUGAGAAACGACUUCAGGAAGAGGGAAUUACAGAGGCAGGGAGGCUCUUCUACCUCUCUGUUCCAGCUUUCGCAUAUGCAGACAUUGCUGAUAAAAUCAAUAACAGUUGCAGGCCGAACACUGAGGCCUGGUUGAGGGUGGUGCUAGAGAAACCUUUUGGGCAUGACUUUAGGAGUGCUCAGGUACUAGCAUCUCAGCUUGAGAGCUCCUUGAAGGAUGAAGAAAUGUACAGAAUUGACCAUUACCUGGGGAAGCAGGUGGUUGCAAAGAUACUUCCAUUCAGAACGGAGAACAAGGAGUUUCUGGAUCCGAUCUGGAACAAGCACCACAUUGAGAGAGUGGAGAUUGUAUUGAAAGAGACCCUGAAUGUUAAAGGUCGUAUUCCCUUCUAUGACCAAUACGGGGUGAUCAGAGAUAUGCUACAGAACCACCUGACUGAGAUCAUGGCGCUGCUGACAAUGAGGCUCCCCAUGAAUCUGAGCAGCACUGAGGAAGUCACCCAAAACAAGCUGCGGAUCUUCAGCUCCCUUUUGCCCUUGGGAAAGAAUCAAGCUGUGAUCGGCCAGUACCAAGCAUACAAGUCAGAGGUUCAGCAGGAGCUGAAUAAGACAAAAGAUCACAUCAGUCUCACACCAACAUUUGCAGCUGUGUUGGCACACAUCGAUGAAGCCCAGUAUGAAGGUGUGCCAAUUCUUUUAAUCUCAGGGAAGAUGUUAGAUGAACGAGUCGGGUAUGCACGCAUACUUUUCAAGAAUGACAUCUUUUGUCUUCAGAACCACCACAGCGUUCACUGCAAGCCCAAACAGAUAGUUUUCUACUUUGGACAUGGUAGCCUUCAGUAUCCAGCAAUUCUUGUAAGUAAGAAUUUGUUCAAGCCAGUUUUAUUGGACGGAGAGUGGAAGGAAGUGACGGAACAUACUGAUGUCAGUGUUUUAGGUUUGCCUGUUUCAGACUACUAUGUGCAAACUCCAAUAGAGCAGAGGGAAGCUUAUACAGAACUGAUUUCUCACAUCUUUGCUGGACGUAAGAAUAGUUUUAUUAGUACUGAAAACUUACUGUCGUCCUGGGGCUUAUGGACACCACUGCUAAGUAGCCUAGCCAGCUCUUUUCCCCGCAUCUACCCUGGUGGUGCGGACAACGGGGACCUGCUGGACGUCCGCCUGAAAGGGAAGGACAUUAGCUUCAACAGCGAGGUGGUGAUAAUCAGCCCUGAUCAGAUGAGUGGCUCGUCUGCAAAAGGUUUUCAAGUGAUGCAAGGCAAAUUCCGAGGUGCUGACAUGGUGUCUGCCUGGGCUGAGGAGCUAGUGGAGCGGCUAGCUGCAGAUAUGCAGGAAGCGGCGGAGGCAGCAGUCCGUGAGAGCGGUGUUUUCCAUCUUGCACUCUCUGGCGGGUCCACACCCCUCGCCCUGUUCCACAGGUUGGCCCGGCACCACUUCUCCUUCCCCUGGAGGAACACCCAUGUGUGGAUGGUGGAUGAGCGCUGCGUGACGCUGACUCAACUGGAGUCUAACUUCUACACCCUGCAUAACCACCUACUACAACAUGUGAGGAUACCCUAUUACAACAUACACCCCAUGCCAGUCCAGCCCAGCCAUCGUUUAUGUGUCGAGGAGGACGGAGGGGCACAGCUGUAUGAGAACGAGGUCGGCAGGUUGGUGAAUGGCUCCAGCUUCCACUUCGUACUGUUGGGAGUCGGCUACGACGGCCACACAGCCUCUCUGUUCCCUGGUACUAAAGCGGAUGAAUUUGGGGAGAGUCUGGUGGCCCUCACCGAGAGCCCUUUCAAACCUCACCAGCGUAUGAGCCUCACGUUCAGCGCCAUUAACCGAGCCCACAUAGUUGCUUUUUUAGUGAUGGGUAAAGGCAAGCAUGAGCUGAUCACUCAGCUGAGCCGAGUGAAGGACAGCCCGGACAAAUGGCCUGCCACCGGGGUGAAGCCUGCUAAUGGCAGACUUGUGUGGUACAUAGACUAUGAUGCACUUUUAGGAUAGAGAUUUUAAUCCUAACUUUCAAUCAAACGAAUGUCUUUGGAGCUGCUUUAAUUCAACAGGUGGUUUUGAGUAAAGAAUGUAUGAACACCAGUAGUUAUACAUGUUUGAGCUUAUUAACUACAAAUUACAUAUACUGAUCACUACUGCUGCAUUUUUUUUAAAGCAUGCAAGCAGGUUUCUGAUUGAUUUCCUACCUCCAAACCAGCAAUUUGUUAGAGUCCAGAGACAGGAACUUUGAUCAAAAUAAGAAAUCCAUUAUAGCUAUCAUUGUGUAGUAUGGCAGUUAAAAACAGUUUUUGGACAGAAAAAAGUUGUUAAAAAACAGCCCCUUUUCAGUGGAUUUAUUGGCUUGCCGGGAGGCAUGGAAACUUCGCAAAGGACACCGUAAGUUUGUGGUUUCUCACAUUACACAUGAGUUCACCAGCAAGAAAGAGUUGCAACUGCAUCACGCUGCAAUAACAACUAGGAUCUUAGAUCAAAGUUUAAAGCGUUGAAAAUUUCUUUGGCUUAGGAGAGAAGAGAUGAGCAAUACAAGUGAACACUGUUGUAAUGCCAACCAAUUCUGAAGGUCAUCUUCCUUGCAGGGCCUAUUUACUAAACUCACACAAAAUGGAGUAUGUGUCCGACAGUUCCCAUCCACACGUGUGAAGAUUCUGUUGGGUACCAUCAUGUUCUUCACAGAGAGUUCUUCACAGAGUUACUAAGUAUUUGUAAUUUAAUAGUUAAUGGGUUAAAAACAACGGUCUUGGUCCUUUUCUUUUUUCUUUUUUUUUUGGAAACUUAAAACCUCAUUUGAACAUUUUCCUGUGUGUGAGUGUGAAGUGAUUAUGCAGACUUUUUGUGGUUUAUCUAAGUCUAAUUAGUGUGAGAUGAGUGAAAAUCUAGACAAUUAUAUGAAGUAUAUAAGUUUACAGGAUAUGUAGCACUGUGUGAAUAUCUGAUGUAUACAAUAUCUUGCGCAUAAAGCCAAUUCCAAAACAAACAUUUGUGCACUUAUUUUAAACCCAGGAUGGUUGUAUGUUGGAAUUAUAUCAGAUCUCAGGUGAAUUUUUGAAUUUUUAGAUACGCAGUUUGCUGAAUUAUCUAUACUUCUUGAUUGUAUGCUUCAUAUUGUUGAGAGUCAGUGACCCAAUUAGUUAAAGAAAGUGAAAAUGUGACUGCUUCCAUAAAUAAUAUAUUUUGUUUGUACAAGAAUGAUGAUUAUAAUAAUAUUGUAUAAUAGAGAAACAAAAAGAUGUAAUUAAAAUUGUUGACGUAAUUCAAAAUAUUUGGUGCUUCACUAAUAAAAAGCUCAUUUCUCAACCCAGCACAUUCACAUUCCCCUCAGAGGAAUCAAUACAUGUCAUCUUCAGGUGCUUUUUCCAGAUUCUAGCGUCCAAACAAGAAUAGCUUUAUUUCAAUUUUAGGUUGAUUUUUGGUUUUAAAAAGGUCUUUUACACCAUAAAGUUUUACAGGUGUAUUUGACUUAAAAAGAAAACGAAAUAAUGACUCGUUUUAAUAAAGUGAGUUCAGGUGAUUGACAGUGUGUAGGAUUCUUUGGUUUAGGGCUCAAAGUUAAUUUAUAUACCUGUGUCUGAAGGCCUUCCCUAAAUUAAAGUGGAGUGCUACUGAAUUCCAGCAGUCAUGCUAAUAUUGUGCCUGUGUUUGAUCCAUAGAAAGAUACUGAAAGAGUUUCCAUGAUGUACAGCAUGUAUACAAAAAGUUUCUUUCCCACGUGCUGUAAGUGGAGGGGCCCCAUGCAUCGCAAUGGCACCAUCAUGGCCUCCUCGGCCGCAGGUUGACGAGUUUCUUUCCAGUGUAUGAUUGUAUUUUUAAGUGUUUUAAAUUCUCUCCUUAACUUUAUCAUUUUCCAGUUGUUUUGAAGUUUGACUUGUGAGAUGUGAAAGUUACAAAUUAAUUUGUGGUGAAUACAUGUCAGCUGUCGAUUAAUAUUAAUUCUGUCGGUAGGAAACUGGGAUCAGUUGCGGUAUACGGGUACUUGUGAAAAUAAGAGAAUAGCAGGUAAAACAAAUUUACAAGGUGCACUUGCUGGACUUUCCAGUUUA